CGCCGCUGGAGUCACUGCGUCACGUCACCAGCAUGGCCCUUCCUGACGUCACGCAAACCGGCAAACGAACCAUCUGGUCAUGCUCCUGUCAACUCAUGUCCCUGUUGCACCACCACUUUGAUAGCCAGUUCGGACUUGCAGCUUCCCGUGUUCCCGACAGAAGAGGUUUCGAGAGAUAGGAGAAGAAAACACAGGCUGGCAGCACGUCUCUCUCUUGUCUGACCCUUAACUCCGGCCUUUUUUGAACACGCAAGCAAGCAAUGCCGAUGAUGGGAACACGGCUUAUAAUACAGGUAAGAAGACGAUGAUGCUCCCAUAGCCACGUUGUGUCUCCUCGGGUUUUUUUUUUUUUUUUUGCUUUUCUCUCUGGUCCCAUAUUGAAUCGCCUUGGUUCCCACCUCUUGAUUUUUCAUCCCAGCUUUUUUUCCCACUCACUAUUCAGAGUGUCACCCUCGUUUGUUGUUGAGGCGAGGUCGUCAACACCAACCAGCACUUGGAGGCACCACAUAUCAAACAAACAAACAACACACACACACACACACACACUACCACUGUCUCAUAGCACUAGACCGCUCACCACUCACAACCGCCCAAAAUGCGCCACCUCCCCUAUCUCUCCUACUACCUCUACCCCAUCCUCGCAGGCCUCAUCUGGCUAGCCACCCUCCUCGCCCUCCUCAUCCACUGGCUCGUCCCCCCCGUCUCCCGAGCGCACUACCCCUCCAUGGCAGCCUCCCAACAAAUAGCCUACAUCUCCGACGUCGGCGCCUCAACACUAAAGCCCCUCUUCAUCACCGGCUGCGUCCUCACCACUGUUUUCCUCGACAUCUCCUUCGCGGCAGAUUAUUACCUCCGCCACAAAGGCCGGUUGGUCCCCAACCAAACCCGGACGGAGACAGUCCUCGCCUUUCUCACCAUCGGGUUCGCAAUCAUUGGAACUGUCGGGUUGAUUUUGCUCUCGGUGUUCGACACGGCGAGGUACCCGAAGCUGCACAAUAUUUUUUUGCUGCUGUUUAUUGGGGGGUAUGUGCUGUCGGCGAUUUUUAUUUGUUGGGAGUAUCAACGGUUAGGUCAACACUAUAAACACCACCACCAACUCUCCACAUCCUUCUGGAUCAAACUAACAUUUGUCAUUCUGGAAAUCUUGCUGGCGAUCGCUUUUGUGUCAUGCACAUUCACCCAGCACUACAACGCCGGCGCGGUGUUGGAGUGGGUUAUUGCUUUUAUCUUUUCGGCGUACGUGUUUAGCUUUGUGGUUGAUCUCUGGCCUGCGAUCAAGACGCAACCAAACUUGAAUUUGCACAACCCAAGAGAAAAAGGGAUGGGGUUUGAGGGGAAUGGGGGGCAGGUGGUGAAUGGGAAUGGGUAUGGGAAUGGGUAUGGGAAUGGGACGGGGGACAUGAGGUAUGUUGGGGCGAGCGAGAUGGAGGAGGGCGGGGGGGAGAGUAGCGGGAGUCAUUUGCCCAUUCAGGGGUAUGGGAAUGCAGUGGGCGGUGGGCCGGUGAUGGGGUUGACGGAUCACAGUAGCAGGCCGGUGACGAGGGAGAGAGGGUUGGCCGGUAACUUCUAA